AUGGGCCCCUGUACCGCCUCCUCAUGCUGCUGCCAGGCCCGUAAUCUGCCAUGGGCCCCCGUACCGCCUCCUCAUGCUGCUGCCAGGCCCGUAAUCUGCCAUGGGCCCCCGUACCGCCUCCUCAUGCUGCUGCCAGGUCCAGAGUGUCUCAUGGGUCCCUGUACGGCCUCCCAUUGCUGCUGUCUCCAUCGCCACACUCUGCCAUGUGCCACUUUCAGGUCUCCUCACACUGCUGGUGGGUUCCAUUUUGUCAUAGGGUGCUGUAUGGCCUCCCAUUGCUGCUGCCUCCACCGCCACACUGUGGCUCCACACUCUGGUUUUGGCCCCGUGACUGCCCAAAUGAGUGAAGUGUGCGGUGAUUCUAAGAUCGACGGCACUCAUCUGCAUGUCAUACUGACUGACAGUAUUAUUUCUCUUCCCCAGCAGACUCCAAGGGCAUUUAAAUUAAAGGUACAGUGUUCUGCACUAAUAUAA